AUGUCAUCCAUCCAGGACGCCUCUGCCGGACCUGAGAGGCCGCGCCCCCCGCCAAACCGCCGACGAGACAAACCCACGCUGGUAUGCGAGACUUGUCGCAAACGCAAAAAUGUGACCGACAGCAACCUUGCCAGAGGUGCGUCCAGCAUGGCAUUCAGUGCACUUAUGCCAAUAGUGGCCCUCUCUCUGCCGGGAUUUCCCAGCAUGCUUCAAGUGCCCGACCACGGGCAAAUCUUCAAGCUCGAUUGGCCCAGCUUGAGAGCUUGGUUGUGA